GAGGGCUCUCGUGGUUUUCCGUUUGGCUACUGUGUUCCUAUUUUUGGGGGUUCUUCAGGGGUACAAGCAUCAAACGCUUUGCAAUAGAGAGGGAACGAUGGGAAAUCCGAAGCAGAAAUGGACGACUGAAGAGGAAGAAGCUCUGCGAGCGGGUGUAGACAAGCACGGCGUCGGGAAAUGGAAGAACAUUCAGAGGGAUCCAGAAUUCGGUCACUGUCUAUCGGCGCGUUCCAACAUCGAUUUAAAGGAUAAAUGGAGAAAUAUGAGUGUUAGUGCCAGUGGGCAGGGCUCUAGAGAAAAAUUAAGGACUCCAAAGGUGAAGGCUGUUCCAGCCUCAGCUACUUCAGCUCUCACCGUUCAGAGUUCUGUUGCCUCUGCUCCAGUUGCACAGGAUGCUCGAGCUGAUUCCAUCAUGGAUUCUGGACCGGGCUUACAAGAUGCCAAGGCUGCUCCUCGGUACAACACAAUGAUUUUUGAAGCACUUUCAACCUUGGACGAUCCAAAUGGAUCAGAUAUUAGUUCCAUCAUCAGCUAUAUUGAGCAAAGGCAUGAGGUGCCACAAAAUUUCAGAAGGUUGUUGAGUUCAAAGUUAAGAAGACUUGUUGCACAGGACAAGCUUGAAAAGAUCCAGAACUGCUACAAAAAAAAAGAAGAUAGUAGCUUUGGAACAAGAGCACCUCCCCCAAAACAGAUCCGGCCGAGGCAAUCUCAAAAUCCUGGGUUCAUUGCUUCCGUUGACGCAGUGGAAGAAGCAGCAGCGGCUGCUGCCUACAAAAUUGCCGAGGCAGAAAGCAAGUCAUUUGUGGCCUCUGGAGCAGUAGCAGAGGCAGAGAAAAUAGCAAAGAUGGCUGAAGAGGCUGAGUCAUUGGUACUGCUAGCAAAACAGAUAUUUGAACAAUGUUCACGAGGUGAAAUUGUACUCAUGGCCUAAAACAAUGGAUUGGUGUGGAGCAAGACAAAGGAAAUUGGCCAUUGUAUAUUGUUCGACUGGAAGAUGAUUACUUCUAUACGAGGGUGAAGCGGGAUGCCGGCAUGCAAUUUCAUGGACGUAGGAGCAGUACAUCAAUCAGCCAAACUAAUGUCUCUCCAAUUAAUUAUUCUCUGGCUGCUUGUAAAAAUAUAAAGCACUGCCAACUCUAUGGAUGUCUCCUUUGGAGGAAAUCGACAGCAAUUGUAUCAAUUCAAGAUAGUAUCAAUACUCAAAAGCGCAUCGGGACUGAUUGAUUCUGAC